AUAUUCCUCUCCUCACUCAUGAAAUACUAAAUUUGCUCUCCAUUAACGCUACAUUACUAACAAAGAAACAUAUGCGUUGCUUUGCAAUCAAAUCAAACCUGAAGCUGCUGGUUGAUUCUUGAAUGGCACAAGGACCACCGCCUAAAGACAUUUAUCCUUAUACCGACGAUUACCUGAAGCAAAUUGUCAAUGAUUCCUGUUCCAACCAUGGAGGAAUUGAAAUAUUUGCUGAUGAUCUCAACAAGAAAAUGUGUAUAUGCCAGUGGUUAUCUAACAAUCUUUUCUAGAUUUUCAACUUUGAAUUUUCCAUUCUUUCAAUGUAUAGAGAUCAUUCUUCAAACGGAAACUGGGUGUCUAAUCGCUAUAAAAUAUCAAACGUCUCUCAUUGAUCUCCCAGAAAGGAGACAGAGCAAAAAUGGCAAUGUCAAUCUCUGUUAUUCUUUCGUUACUUCUUACCCUUUUAGUCUCCUUUUCAUCUGUGACUUCAGAUUCAGUUGAUGAUAGCUUUUUGCAGUGCAUUUCUUCUCAUUCACAGAAUCAUUCCAAGCCAAUUUCAGAAUUUGUCCUCGCCAAAAAUACCUCUGCUUACUCAUCUGUCUUUCAAUCCUCUGUUCGAAACCUCAGAUUCUUGAACACUUCAACUACGAAACCUGAAUUUAUUAUCACCCCAUUUAAUGAAUCUCAUAUCCAGGCUGCCAUUGUUUGUGCCAAGGCAUAUGAUAUGCAGAUAAGGAUACGAAGUGGAGGUCAUGAUUAUGAGGGCCUGUCUUAUGUUUCUGAAGAAAAAUUUGUGCUGAUUGAUCUUGUCAAUCUGAGAUCCAUCAGUAUUGACAUAGAAAAGGAGAGUGCAUGGGUUGAAUCUGGUGCAACUCUAGGAGAGUUCUAUUAUAAAAUUGCAGAGAAAAGCAAUGUCUAUGGCUUCCCAGCUGGUAGCUGUCCGACUGUAGGUGUUGGGGGACACAUUAGUGGAGGAGGAUUCGGGACCAUAUUCCGAAAGUACGGAUUAGCAGCUGAUACUGUUAUUGAUGCGAAGAUAGUUGAUGUUAAUGGAAGAAUUCUGGACAGAAAAUCCAUGGGAGAAGAUCUUUUCUGGGCCAUUAGAGGAGGAGGAGGAGCGAGCUUUGGAGUCAUUUUUUCAUGGAAAGUGAGGUUGGUUCAAAUUCCUCCAUCCGUAACAGUUUUUAAAGUUGCAAAAACCUUGGAACAAGGUGCAAGCAAGCUUCUUCAGAAGUGGCAAAGAAUAGGAGAUAAGCUUCCUGAAGACCUUUUCCUCCAUGCAGCUACAGAAGUUGUGAAUGCUAGCUCCAACAACAAUAAAACUAUUCGAGUCUCAUUCGAUUCAUUGUAUCUUGGAGAGGCAGGAAAACUUGUUCCCGUGAUGCAAGAUAAUUUCCCAGAACUGGGUUUAAAGCUCGAAAACUGCACUGAAAUGAGUUGGAUUCAAUCUGUCCUCUACUUUGCAGGUUUCUCAACAAGCGAAUCCUCAGAACUUCUGCUUAACAGGACAGCUCAAUUCAAGGGCUUCUUCAAAGCAAAAUCAGAUUAUGUUAAGGAACCCAUUUCAGAAACCGGAUUUGAAGGGCUAUACAAAAAGCUUCUUGAAGCAGAGACGUCAGGACUGAUCUUGACACCUUAUGGAGGAAAGAUGAGCCAGAUUCAGGACUCAGAAACACCAUUCCCUCACAGAAGAGGAAAUAUAUACAAAAUCCAAUACAUGGUAACUUGGGAUAAGGAAGAGGAAACGGAGCAGCACCUGCGGUGGAUGAGAAGUCUGUAUUCGUACAUGGCACCAUAUGUGUCGAAGUCACCCAGAGCAGCCUACUUAAACUAUAGGGAUCUUGAUCUUGGAAGGAACAAAAAUGGCAACACCAGCUUUGCACAAGCCAGUGUUUGGGGUUUGAAGUAUUUCAAGAACAACUUUAAGAGAUUAGUAAAAGUAAAGACUGAAACAGAUCCUUCCAAUUUCUUCAGGAAUGAACAAAGCAUUCCUGUGUUUUCAUAAAAGGAACUAAUUUCACAUCAGUGACUACUUCUAGUUGUGUAUGACAUAUACAUCCCCUCCCCAAACUGCAAGUUCUAUCUUCCAUGUGUUAGUAUAUGUGCAUUGUAGUUAAUGUGUUAGUUAAAAGUAUGAUCACUUAAUAUGGGUAUAUAUUUUGUUAUUAAUAAAGGCAGCUUUAUCUUUAAUGUUCAA